AUGGCUGAGAAAAGCAUCAAAGCUGUCGUUGUAGGCGAUGGUGCCGUUGGAAAAACAUGUUUAUGCAUUUCUUAUACACAAAAUAAAUUCCCGGAUGGUUAUGUACCAACAGUUUUCGAUAAUUAUAAUACAAAAUUAGAAGUUGAUAAGACAGUUAUAGAUUUAAACCUUUGGGAUGUUUCAGGACAGGAAGAUUAUGAAAGAAUAAGACCUGUGGCAUAUCCAAACGCAAAUGCUUUCAUGAUGUGUUUUUCGCUAGUAAAUCCUACAAACUUGGAAAACAUUGAAAACAAAUGGAUGUCGGAAAUUAGAAACUUCUGUCCAGAAGCUCCAUUUGUAUUAAUUGGAACCAAAUCAGAUCUCAGAGAUGACUGGGAAAAUAUACUAACCGAGCAAAAGGAUCCGAAUGGAAGACCAAUUACUUGGGCAGAGGGUGAUGCCUUUGCCAAGAAGAUAGGUGCUGCUAAAUAUAUUGAAUGCUCUGCAAAAAUGGCAAAAAAUAUUCAAGAAGUAUUUGAAGAAACAGUUAGAAUCGCGCUAAAUCCACCAGCACCACCAAAGAAGGCUGAAGAACCAACACAAGAAGCAGAAGGAAAGUGCUGCCGUAUUAUGUAA